AUGAGCAAGGUCAAAUGCGCCUUGAUGAUUGCGAUUGAAUAUGGGAAUGGCGCAAGAAGUGACCGGUACAAGAGAAUGAUUGGAAUGUAUACAGCGAGAAGUCGUAAGAGAAGUUUGAGGACAAAGCAAGAAUUACCUCGAGGGGUAACCUUAAUCUUGCCUUACCUGGGUGAUCCACGCGAGACGCCGCAAAGUUAUUAUUAUUCAAAGUAUGAAGUACCCAGUACUUCACUACUAAGGGACGUGAGGUCGGGAUUCGAAUUGAAGGAAGGAUUUUCAAAAGUUAAGAGUUUCGAGAAACGAAGACGUCUCGACAAUGUUGGUGGUGCUGGCCAGGGUUCUGAAAAGGGUUCUGCUCUCUUUAAGAGGGCGGGUGUGCCCAACCAAAUCAAGCCUUCCGUCUGCAAGAAAGCCGGAGAGGAUGGAUGGGUGGGUGGAUAG